ACAGACUUCGCCGCCACUUCCCAGUUUCAAACUCAAAGACCCUCUCCCUUCUCCCCGCCAACCACAAUUUAAGUUGUCUCUCCUUGGAGCCUUCAACCUAUAAAGACCUCCUCCAAGUGUCCACCAAAAGCCAGUCUUUGAUCCGAGGAAGGCUGGUUUACUCUCACAUGAUAAGAACUUCCUACAGGCCUGGCCGAAUCUUGCACAAUAAUCUCCGUAAUCUGUAUCCCAAGUGUGAUGAUCUGUCCACCGCUAACCAACUGUUCGAUAAAAUACCCGUUAGAGACGUCGUUACAUGGAAUUCGCUCAUGGAGGGAUAUUCUGAAGUUGCCUAUGUCGAUAAAGCCUUGGAUGAGGUUGCUAAGGGGAGAAAGGUGAAAAUCAAGCUUGACCAGUUCAGUUACGCCAGUUUCCUCGGUGCCUGUGGCGAUCGCGGGGAUGUCAAGAAGGGGAGAAUAGUUCAUGGGCUAGUGGUGGUGAGCGGGUUGGCUUAUCGCCCAUUCUUGACCAAUUCGCUCAUUGACAUGUACUCAAAGUGCGGUAGAAUAGAUGAUGUGAGGUUGGUGUUUGAUCAUGCACAGGAAUUAAAUGAGGUUUCAUGGAAUUCAUUGCUAUCUGCUUAUGUCCGGGUUGGAUGGCCAGAGGUGGCCACGAAUAUUCUUGUUUGGAUGCAUCGGUCAGGAGUGAGGCUGAAUACCUUUGCUCUUGGAAGUAUCGUCAAGGCUUGCUCUGGUUUUAACGAUUCCAAGGAAGUUCGAAAGAUGUUACAUGGGUGUGUAGUUAAAGUUGGAUUGGACUUGGAUAUUUUUGUGGGUAGCACAAUGCUUGACAUGUAUGCAAAGAAUGGUGGAUUGGAAGAAGCAAUUAAGGUCUUUGAAUGCAUACCAAAUACAAGUGUGGUGGUAUUCAAUGCCUUGAUUGCUGGAUUCUCUCGAUUGGGGACCAAACAAUGCAAUGCAAUCAGAUCUGAUGCUUUAAGACUAUUUUCUGAAAUGCUAAGGAGACGAAUGAGACCCUCAAAGUUUAUGUUCAAGUGUGCGCUUGAAGCUUGUAACUUAAUUAAAGCAUUCAGAUGUGGGAAGCAAAUCCAUGCACGUAUCAUUACAAAUGAUCUUCAGGAUGAUGAGUUCAUUGGAAGUGCAUUGAUCACCCUGUACUCAAACAUGGGUCUGAUUGAGGAUAGCUUCAGAUGUUUUCAUGCUACUCCUAAACAAGAUAUUUUUACUUGGACAUCCAUGAUCUCAGCAUGCGUUCUGAACGAGCAUUUUGAACAGGCAUUGAGUUUGUUUAGUGAAUUGCUUGGCCUUGGAAUAAAGCCUGAUCAGUUCACUAUAUCAACUGUCAUCAGUGCUUGCUCAGAUUUGGGUAUUUUGAGGAUUUGUGAGCAGAUACAGUGUUUUACCAUGAAAGCAGGACUUGAUCAGUUCACUGUUUGUGGUAAUUCACAGAUUAACAUGUAUUCUGAGUUGGGAGAUAUCGAUGCUGCCAUCAGGACAUUUCAGAACAUUGAAAGCCUUGAUGUUGUGUCUUGGUCUGCAAUAAUCUCAAGUCAUGCCUUACUUGGUUGUGCAACUAAUGCGAUAGGGCUCUUUGAGAAAAUGAUGGAAUGCAUGGUCACACCAAAUGACAUCACCUUCCUUGCUGUUCUUACUGCUUGUAGCCAUGGUGGACUGGUGGAUGAAGGAUUCAGGUAUUUUGAAAGCAUGAGGACAGAGUACGGCUUAGCUCCAAAUGUGAAGCACUUUGCAUGCUUGGUUGACCUCCUUGGUCGGGCUGGGAGGCUGGUCGAUGUAGAGAACUUCAUCUUGAGCUCUGGCUUUGAUAAUGAACCAAGUAUUUGGCAUGGCCUAUUGCGUGCUUGUCAAUUCCAUGGGGACAUUGAAAGAGGUAUACGUGUAGGAGAAAAGUUAAUGGUGCUGGAGCCCUUUUCUGCUACAUCAUAUAUGCUUCUAUACAACAUGUACCUGGAUGCUGGGAAAGUUUCUUUGGCAAUGAAAACAAGAGGUUUGAUGAGAGAAAGAGGGGUGAAUAAGGAAAUUGGCAUGAGUUGGAUCGAGAUUGGAGCAUCAGUUCAUUCAUUCGUGGCCGGCAAUAACUCCAACCCCCAAAUAAAUGCUAUUUAUGCAAAAUUAGAAGUAAUGCUGUUCAAUAUAAAGCAGAGGAUAAGGUAUACUGGUGUUAAGAUUUUGGAGCUAGAGUAUAAAAGUGAGAAGUGGAAAGAUAGUCUAAUGAAUAGCCAUGGUGAGUUGUUGGCAGUGGCACUGGGGAUGUAUUGUUUGCCAGAUUCUAUUCCAGUGCGAGUAAUGAAGAACCAAAGGGUUUGUGAGGAUUGCCACACUACACUGAAGUUAAUAUCAGAGUGUGAAAGGAGGGAGAUUGUCCUUAGAGAUUCAGUCCGGUUUCAUCAUUUCAGUUGGGGUUCAUGUUCUUGUGGGAACUACUGGUGAAUUUAAGUGGCGGACUGAGUUAUUGGCAUUCUUCAGAAAUACUACUCCAUAUUUUUGCCUUUUCAAUGAUGUGAGGAAGCAUUCUUAUCUCAUAUGAAUGAUAAGAGAUCGCUCGUCUUGGACAGCAACAUAUAAUUUUGUAGAGCUAACAUAUCUGAAGGCACGUGCCACAAUGUGCAGCUUGUUCAUGAGGAAGCCAGGUUGUCAGGUGAUCAAGUUCAUCAGCAUUUGUGAUCAUUACUCAACUGCAAUUAAAGAGGACCAAUCUUUUAAGAAACAAAAGCAACAUCAUGGUGUGAUAAAAACAUAAAUAUGCUUUCCAUAUUGUUUGAUGUUUUGAAAAUUUGAGUUCUUAGAUGCACAGUGAUGACAGUUAACAGCUUGCCAUAUGGAGGGCCUGAGUACAGGUUGAAGGUCAGAGAGGGAGGUGAAGGAAGACUAGUAUCGAAAUGACAAGAAAAGAUUUGAACAUUUCCAUUCAUGACAGCCUCGACGAGGGCUUCCUGGAUAUAGGUUGAAGGUUGAAGGAGGUGAAAGAAGACACCACAACAAAAUUGGGAUCAAGGAUUUAACAAUCAAUUGGAAAAGAUUUCAUUGACCUCGAUUAAAGAAAUAAGGUUUGUUCUUUAUAUUUAUUUAUGUAGAUAAACAUUCAUUAUUGCAUGACUGUGUCCGGUUUUAUUUUAGGACGCAGGAUUUCUGAGCUUGAGUUGAGAGUAAACGUUGUAGUAUAUUUUCUUCUUGUAAAUUGUAGUGCUCUGACUACUGGCUAAUGAUCAGUAAGUAAAAU